CCCGUGUUUACGGUGGUUACAGUGUCAUUUUGGCCUCGUGUCAGUGUGUUGUCGGCGCUGCUUAGUGGAUCUAAUGACUGUUUGCCUCUCAGGUAUGUGUAUCUGUAUAAGCUUGUUGUAUUGUGCUGCUGUCGAUGUGCUUUUAACACUGUUACAUGCUGAAUAGGUACGAUUUCCUGUACCCCAGGGUGCUAUCGGUGGGCAUGAUUUAUAGACCUGUGCUUGUACAUUUUCUAUUUGGCAUGAUACCUUGACGCUUCAGAAAUACUCUGGAGAUUUCAGCCUACAGAAAACUGGAGACUGAAUACAGCAAAUGGUCCUGGAGUCUUCGCAGUGCCAUGAUGGAAGCUGAGAACAAACUACACAACCAAAUAGAAAAUGAAGCUAUUCAUGAAGUUGAAGAAACUGAUCUUCAGAGACAACUAAAAGAGACAAGUGAAGAAGUGAAAAAAUCUAUGUUAGAAUUCUUUGAGAAAGACAUAAAUACAGAUUUACUCAUUCAGUGGAAAACAUCAUUUGAAAUCAAAAUCAAAGAGCUUCAGGAAAACAUUGUGAGAGAAACAAAAAGGAAAUUGAAUGGGAUUCUUCAGCAGCGAGAACUGAAGAAAAAGAUUGAUGCUCAGAGGACACAACAUGAAAACACUCUCUAUGAAAAGAGCAAAGAGCUUGCUUUAAAGCUCAAAGGAAAAACAAAUAAUGAAGAAACACUGAAGGAAGAGUUUGAUUUGUUUUGGGAACAAAAUGUGAAGAAGAUCAUAACAGAUACUCCUGCAGUCAAAGACAUUGACAUAAUGAAAGAUGUGAGAGAGAUCCUAAGUGAUAUCUACAAGGGAAAUCUCCCUGUAGAUUACAGUAAAGAUGAUGAGCAGUACAAUGAUAUUUUCAUAGUGUGGAGUUAUUCUGAAUAUGUUACCAUCAAAAAGCCUACAAAAUGGUAUAAAGAGGCUUACAAAAGCCUUAAAGGAACACUUUUAUGUACUCCAUCUCUUUCUCCAGCAGAUGAAGCCCAAAUAAGAUCAUUAGUCAAUGAUAUUGUUCAGCAGACAGACACAAAGAUUCAGUCAUUUAACAUUUCAAAGAUGGGCUACAACAUCAGCUACAUCCAACAACUCACAGAUUUCAUCAAGACAAGAGUAACAGAACAUCAGGAAGGACGAGUGAAAUAUGAGCUCAAAAAACAAUUCUUCAUUGAUUUGGUUCUUUCCAUCUGUAAGAAAGCAGAGAAGAUGAUCACUGACCAACACACACUGUUUAGAGAAGCCAAUGAUCCUGUAAUAUAUAUUAAGAAGAAGAAAGAAGAGAACUAUAGUAUUUUCCAGAAAUACUGUCAUGGAGCAACAUCAGCUGCCAUUUUUGGUGAGAUUAUCUGUCAGAAACUUAAAGAGCCCAUUGAGCAGAGUGUCUACAAGAAGACUGCCAGAGAUCUGACAGAUGAAAUGAGAUUAAACUGUGAAUCACUGAAUGGAAACAGAUCAAAACUGGAGAAACACAUCCUGAAGACACUGGCAGAACAGGAGGAUUUUAACAAAUACAUGGACUAUGUUCAUAAAAACAAAGAUCACUUCAAGAGUUUCAUCAGAGAUGAAGUCAGUCAGUACAUCACUGAUAAGUUCAGUGUCAGUGUUUUUCCCAAGAUGAAGAAGAACAUUAAACUCCUGCAGCAAAAGAUCAUGAAAGCAGCUCAUGAAUCUACUAAACAUGUUCAAGUCAUCAGUGGAGAUGUUGGUUUGUGGUUGAAGAGUUUCACACAGCAGCUCUCAGAUGUGCUGAUCUUCUCUGAAAAAGACCUCAGUGGAGUCAAACAUGAUGAU